AUGAGUUACUCCCUCAUGUUGUCCGGCAACGGCAACGGCAAGGUGGACGCCUGCGUAGGUGAGGCCUCCGGCAUUAGCGAGGAGGAAGUCUGCGUGGGCGAUGACGACGCCUGCAAGGGCGAGGCCUCCGUCGUGCUCUCCGGCAAGAGCAGGUACGCCGUCAAGCGCAGAGGUACGGCGGAGUAUCCCUGCGUGAAGCGGCUCCGCGAGCGGCGCCUCCUCUCCUUCCUGCACGACCAAGGCUUCCACGGCUUCCACGGCGCCUUCGAAGCGCUGGUCGACAAGACUCCGGUGAUCUUCCGAGUGGGGCACAUACGGCUGCUGGUGGAGCAAGGCCGGUGGGCGGACGCCCUCAGGUACCUCAACGCCUACCUGCCGCCGCUCGUCAAGAAUCACACGAGGAGCCGCCGCGCCCAGCUCUUCCAUAACUUCCUAUGGAUGCACUACCGCUUCGCCAACGCCGUCGCCGGCAACAGGGAAAACCAGGACUACCUGGAAAGGCGUUACGGAAAGAACUCGAGGAGCUCCACCCUCGCCGAGCUCAGGUUCCGUCGUAUCGCCUACACCAUACUUGCCUCAGAGCCCCACCAGCUCGUGGCCACCUACGACUGGAACCAAGUGAGGCAGCACGCCUCGUUUCUAGUCGACUAUCUGGCCAACACUACGCCAGAGCUCAGACGCUCCAUGCCAUUGCCGUCUCGCUACAUGAUGCCACAGCAUGUACUUCCAAUUGGAUCCGGCCGUUUGCACUGGAGGGGGCAUCGCCUAGUGAAGAAACAAGGUCCCAAGAAGCCAGACACAGAAGCUAUCCUAGUGGCCUUGAAGAGCCUCUACAGGGAUCCAAGAGCCGAGUCAAACAAUGACGCGCUGGAAAUGUUGGUGGAUUUACUUGAUCAAACUUUUCAGGCUGGUCUACGUAGAGGCUGCAAUCUAAGCUAUGCAUCUCAGCCAAGUGUAAAGGAAGGUGGUCCUGAUGCUCCGGAUGUGGAGUCUAUGCUCGGCAGCUCCACAGAUAAUCCUGAAGGCCAUGCCACAUCAUCAGUGCUUUUUUCUGUUUCUCCAUUUUUCCAGAUCCGUUCUUCUGGUCCUUUGGAAGUACGUUCUCAAAACCCAGGAAUCUCAUCAGUGACAGACGCAGGUGGUCCCGAUGCUCGGGAUGUGCAGUCUAUGCUAGGCAGCUCCAAAGAUAAUGCUGAAGGCCAUGGCACAUCACCAGUGAAAUUUUGUGUUGCUCCAGUUUUGAAGAUCAUUUCUGGUGCUUUGAAAGUUCAUUCUCAAAACCCUGGAAUCUCAUCAGUGAUGAAUGCAGGUCUUAGCAGGGUAUCGGCGAUUGGAGGCCGUGUGUCCACUGACACUCUAGUGAACGUCAUGCCAAAGCUGAGUCGUGUCUCUUCUUUCUGA